AUCUUCGAGAUUCUUCAUUCAUAAAGUCUCAAACCAAUCAAUCUUCGAGAUUCUUCAUUUCCACGUUCAUCAAACUCAAAUCACACAUUCGAAGCCAAAAUGGUGACGCUGGUGGUGGCAACAACCACCGAUCCCGCCUCGUUUGGACCGGCAUCAGCCCUUUCCGCCAUGGGAAAUUGGAAACCUGGCGUUUCCUUUCAGGGGAUUAGGAGUAAGGUGAAUGGAGAGGUGAGAUUAUUGGAGCAUGAUAAAGGGAUAGUGGAGGAAGAUCAUUUGGAUAAUCGGUGGGAAGAGGUUACUGGAGAGGUUGUUGAAGAGAUCAUCUUUCUCAGCAAACACACGGCCGUCAGUAAUCGCCCAGCUCUCACCAUUCAUCCUAUCGGUGUGCCACAUCUAAAAGAAGGAGAUGUUCCACCACAAGGAGGGAAGCCGGGAUGGGCAGCAGUUCCUAGUCCUCGGAUGACACCAUGGUUGAUACUCCUAAAGAAACUUGCCCAAUCUCAUAACUUGGUUCCUGAAUUUGAGAUUACCUUGGAGGCAACUCAUCAUGGUCCAGUUACAAAUAAGCCAACAAUGUUUGUGGAGAUAGGCAGCACAAUUGAAUGCUGGAAGAGGCAAGAUGCUGCCCAAGUCGUUGCUCGAUUAGUUUGGGAAGGACUUGGAAUCGGAGGAGGCGAGGCUGUUGGAAAUUGGAACAGCAUGUCCGGUAACAAAAAGGUGCUUCUUGGCAUAGGGGGUGGUCAUUAUGUACCUCGGCACAUGGACAUAAUCCUGAAAGGUGGUAUGUGGGUUGGUCACUUGCUGUCUGGAUAUUCGUUACCGAUGGAAGAUCCUGGUCAAUCAAAAGGCGAAACAAAGUCAAAAGAUAUUGGAGGGACCUGGAAGCAGGCAAUCAAAGCUGCAUAUGAUGCUACAAAUGAAGGUUUUCCUGGUGGGGAAAUCAUAGCUCAUCUGGACCACAAGAGUUUCAAGGGUUGGCAGAAGAAAGCAAUUAUGGAGUACUUAGAUGAACAAAAUAUUAAGAUCGGCAAACCAGGUGAUUUCUACUGAUCAGUAGUGUAUUUGCAGUUAUUUUUACGUGGCCCCAAUUGGGAUUUUCUGCCUGGCUUCAUAUAGCAUACCGUCAAGAAAUCUAGAGUUAAUGUAGAGUCGUAUUCAAGAAGGAUAACAACGAAUAUGCUUUUGAUCUGGUCUCGUUGCAAAAGUAAUGCAUCGUGGUUCAUGCUUUCUAGCACGGCCACUCAAUUUGUUUGACUUUGGAUCCUAAAAAGUGGUGGGAAAUUGAAUGGUGAAGCAUAAUGAGGAUGAUAGCAAAUGCAGUUUAAGUUAUGUA